CGUCACUUUGUCAUCCACUACCUCUCAGUAUCUGUCUCUCUUUGGCAGCAGCAGCAGCAGAAACUCUCGCUGAUAGACUGAACAAAUACACAAUACAGCCACCUCACGGACCGCAGAGGGGCCGAGGAUUACCAUCCUAAAUAUGAGUGCCAAGGGUGAUGUAAAGGCCAUGAUGGCUCGCUUCCAGACAGGCGGAUCCAGCACUGAUGAGACUUCUUCUACAGCGGUGGGACGCCCAAAGCAACCCCUGCACCCAACCCUCUCUUCUGGUCCCACCAUUCCGACAAAGAAACCUGUCCUGGAGAGUCUCUCUGGUAGUGCAGCAAAUACUCCUUCAAAACCUCCUGCAUAUCUUAAAAAUACAGUCUCAACUAAAAGUGACACAGAUGUACAUGAACCAAAUAAAACCAAAGCCUUGGCUAACCGCUUUGGAAGCCCACAGGAUGACUCCAACACCAAACCUUUUAUUGGUAACAAACAGCAGGUGCCCUUUAAGUUACCUGUUUCACAAGCUUCUGAUAAUAAAGGCCCGGUUACGAAGCCUCCUUUCAACAAGCCCACUCUGACCCACACUAUGUCUGAUCCCAAACCAGCCUUCCCUAAACCCUCCCCUGCGGCUGCCUCCAAGCCCAGCUGGGUCAAAGAGGACAGCGGUGGAGGUGUAACCAGCUCUACACCGAGCAAAGUUCCUUUACAGCACAAACCGCCCAGCAGCCUUGGAAAGUUAAGACACCAGAAUGAAGAGACAGCAGGAUCGGAUGCUGCAAACAAGCUUCCCCCUAUGCCAAAAUCUCCUUAUAAACCCACCCCAGGCUUCAAGAACUCUCAGAAUAUGUUCAACAAGGAGGACAAGACUCAACCAUCAGAUGACGAUGGAGCCAAGAAGCCUCCCCUGAGCGCCAUCACGGACACUGCAAGCAAACCUCCCCCUAUUCCAAACUCAACCUUAAAGCCCACGUCCAGCUUCAGGAACACUCAGAAUAUGUUCAACAAGGACAGGGAGAAGGCUGAAGCAUCAGAUGAUGCGAAAACAGAUGGAGCCAAGAAGCCUCCACGGACCACCAACACAGACGCUGAAAACAAACCACCACCUAUUCCAAACUCGACCAUAAAGCCUGCCUCCAGCUUCAGGAACACUCAGAACAUGUUCAACAAGGAGAGGGAAAAAAAUGAACCAUCAGAUGGCGGCAUGAAGACCACUCCGCCUCCCAAACCUCCAGCCAGUAAAAAACCCAGCAUUAAGAGGCCAUCUCAGACCAGCAAGGUGAAAGACGUUGCCACCUCAGGCCCAAAGCAAAACCCCCUCCCCAACAGUUUAGCUUUGGGCCCUGCUCCUGCUAAGCCUAACCGACCUCCUAAAGUCAACCUGGAGAACUUUAAAAGAGGUGCCGAGGCCCCGGAUGAGGGUCCUGGCACUUUAAAGAAACCCUUCAUCCCAACUCCUCAGCCCUCUCACCCCAGUAACAAUGGCAACAACGUGACCCCAGCUCAACCUCUACCGCCUGCACUUCCUAGCCUGCCUCCACGACAUCCUGCAGCCAUGGUCCUGCAGGAUGAGUGCUACGAUGAUGUUGACGAGUUUAGCAGCCCUCCACCUCCUCCUCUACCAUCAUCUGCAGGUCACCCAAGUCAGAGGAAAGAGGUGGCAAGUGACGAUGAUGAUGGAGAGAUGUAUGAAGACCUUGAUGAUCGAUGGGAAGCAGCUGAAAAGCCAGACAAGAACAAAGAGAAAGAGGAGAAAAAGCGUCUGGAGGCAGAGAAGAAGGAGCAGAAGGAACGUGAGAAGAAGGAACAAGACGCAAGGAAGAAAUUCAAACUGGUCGGACCCCUGGAGGUGAUUCACCAAGGUAAAGCUCGCGUGGACUGCCGAGGUGGUAAGACUGACCUGGGUCUGAAGCAGGGAGACAGUCUGGACAUCAUCCGCGUCCAGGGCAACCCAGAAGGAAAAUGGUUGGGACGGACACAGGACGGAUCCAUUGGCUAUGUGAAGACGACUUCAGUGGAGAUUGACUUUAACAGUCUGAAGAAUCAUAAACCUCAGCAGGCCUACGACCCCGAGGUUUAUGAUGACGUCGAUGUGGCCUUGCAUGAUAACAGUGGGAGCAGAGGACCAGGAGUUGUCCUUCCACCACUGCCAGGAGAAGACGGAGAAAUAUAUGACGAUGUUGUUGAUCCAAACCUAGACGUCAGUCCAGAGGAUCCUGGGUCUUCUUCUUCUUCGAAGCCUCUUGGCUUCCUGCGGAUAUUUGAGCGGAGCAGACGUCCUCUCAGCACUAAAGAAGUGCCUCCACCCAGCCAGUUCACUGCAGAGGUGAAUUCAGAUCAGCAAGGAGCAGCAGUUGAUGAGGAGAUAUAUGAUGAUGUUGACUCUCAAAAUGCUCCUCAACCUCCUUCGAUCAGCAGCCUCCUGUCACUGAAAGGCAAAAUUAAAGCUGACGAUUCAGACUCAAAGAGGCAGAAAAAGCUGGAGAAAGAGGAGAAGGAAUUCAGGAAGAAGUUUAAAUAUGAAGGGGAGAUCCAGGUGUUGUACCAGGUGACCAUCAUCCCGACACUGAAUACUAAGAAGUGGAGCAGUAAAGACCUUCCGGUGAAAGCAGGAGAGAAACUAGACGUCAUAGUUAAAGCUGAGGACAACAAGCUGGUCUGUCGGAACGAGGACGGCAAGUUUGGUUACGUUUUGACCAGCCACAUUGCUACGGAUGAUGGCGAUAUCUACGAUGAUAUUGGAGACGACUGCAUCUAUGACAACGAUUGAUUCCUGAACCUGCCCUGGAUCUGUUGUUACACUCUGGGAUAUUUGUGUUAUUUAUUUCAUCCAUUCGUGAUAUGCAAUGGGAGAUACUUGUGGUCGGCCUUAAAAUCAGAUUGAGUUUUACUGUAAAUGAUCAUUUCAUUAUUUAUUAACAGGAAUUUGAAUCACUAAAUAAAUUGGUGUAACGGCAGGCUCAUUCACAGAUCUGGAAUAAGGCUAGUUUUACUUCUUUUGGACAAUAUCUUCUUUACAUAAGUACAAAAAUAUGGUUAUUUUUCUUGCAACAGGCAAAUAGUUUAUAUCAUACAGCUGUUCACAGUAUUUGCAUCAUUCCCUUUACUUAGAUUCGUCCUCAUUCAAACCUCUUUGAUAAACUCAGCAGCUCUGUCUGUACAUAUAUUACUGUUGCAUUUAUCAUGUUUUACAAACUUAAGAUCAGAACUUCUUAAGCCCAACACUGCAUUUCUUGCUGUUUUUUCUCUAAUGUACAUUAUGAUGUUAUAUUACACUAUCUGUAAGGGCCCCACUCAAGUUUAAACACCCCUUAUCUCACUCUGAUGUCUGGAGUUUCAACAUGUAGACUGAUCCAUGAUUACUGCCAAAGUGUUUCAAAAAUACAGUAUAUAAAAGUAUUAUUGAUCUACAUGUAAUCCUGUCUGUUUGCCUUUCUGCACACAUCUUCAUUGCUAAAGAAAGAGCAUGUCUGCUCUGGUUUAUGCUUGUAUGAUGUGUUUGAAGUUAAAUCAUACACAUAAAGUUAAGUGAAGAAUUAACUGGCUCUAAAAGCAAGUCAAAUAAUGUGCAGCAGAGAAACUACAGGUCAAAAAUGAUGUUUUCUCUAAGCAAGAAGAGAUUCAUUUCUACCUAGUGGCAGUAAUCAGGAACUACAAUGGAGCUUACUUGACACUGGGAUUUAGAAGUUUGGUCUAAACUUCAUGUCACGCCUCUUUUAAUCUCUCUACACUGGCUUCCAGUUGCAGCUCGCAUUAAAUUCAAAACUCUAAUCAUUGCUUACAAAGCAGUAACUAAAACUGCUCCUGUUUACCUGGAGU